AUGUUCCGUUCUCUCCGAGCUGGGAUUCGAACUUGUCAAACUCUUUCUCGAGUCCGACCAACCACUAGUCAAGGUUCUGCUAUACGUGCAGCACGCUUUGCAACAGGACUAACCGCCCAUUCUACUAUUUCUGACCCUGCUGAAUCUGAGGCUCUACGUUGCAUCGAAGAGGGUACGACCAAAUUAGAAGAAGGAGAUGUUGUCGCAGCCAAGGAGUUAUACCGUCGCAGCUCGCAAAUACAUAAAAACCCAAGCUCUUUUUUUAAUUUGGGCGUAACCCAUUUCCAUCUAAAGGAAUUUGACGAGGCCAUUGCUGCCUGGAAACUAUCGCUCGAUCUGCAGCCCGAUAGUGCGGACACCCACACAAACUUAGCCUCAGCCUAUCUUAUGUCGACUGUGGUGAGGACAGAUCUGGCGCUUAAACAUCUUGAAACUGCCGCCUCCUUGUGCCCGGAUGACGCCGAAAUCGCAUUCAACCUCGCCGUUGUUCUGGAAGCAACUGGAAAUCUUGAAGAAGCCUUGAAGCAGUAUCAACACAGUCAGAAGAGAGGUAUCGAGCGAGCUGCUCUUCAUAUCCGCAAUGUCAGCGCAAAGCUAUUGGGUCAAAAAAUCAAGGAAGCUGAAGACACAGAGAAAUCAUCGAAGCCCUGA